GAAGCACAUCUGCGCAUCAUCAUCAAGGAGGGCGAUCGAGCCACAGGAGACGAUCACGUCGAGGACGUCUGGACACUACGAUCUCGAGAGCGCUGGAAACUGUAUCGAUACUGGGUCGACAACCUGACUUCUGUGAUUGACACCUUUCAAACUUCUGAGAUGACAACAAUGGAAGAUGUGCAAGAGCGCAUGGCGCACUCCAGACUAAUGGCUGACCUAUCGGUCCUUAGGGCGUCCAAGGUCAUUGGAAUGACAACAACGUGCGCGGCUAAGUACCAGGCUCUCCUCCGCGAGGUGCAACCGCGCAUCGUCAUCGUGGAAGAGGCAGCCGAAGUACUCGAAGCUCACGUGGUGACAAGUUUGGCUCCGCAAACUCAGCAUGUGAUCCUCAUCGGGGACCACCAGCAGUUGCGUCCGCCCACGAAUGUACAAGAACUGUCAAUCAGAUACAAGAUGGACGUGUCUCUUUUCGAAAGAAUGCUUAUCAACGGCGUGGGUGUCAAACAGCUCUGCGUUCAACAUCGCAUGAGGCCGGACUUCGCCCGCCUUCUCACGCCACGAUUCUACCCUACUUUGGAGCCCCACCCGUGCGUGGAACGAUACGAAGACAUUGAGGGUAUGACCACGAACAUGUUCUUCUUCAAUCACUCCUCCCCAGAACGGAAAAAUUCUGGCAGAAGCUAUAGCAACGUUUUCGAGGCAAAUUUUCUUGUCAACCUCUGCAGAUACCUGCUUGCUCAGGGUUACCAACCUUCUCAAAUCACUUUGCUCACGCCGUACAUGGGUCAGAAGAAGCUUCUAGAGCGCACAGCUAAUACAUAUCACGAGCUGACCGCGGUGGCCAUCACAGUAGUGGAUAAUUUCCAAGGAGAAGAGAACGACAUCAUCCUCUUGUCCCUGGUUCGCUCCAACGAAACUGGGGAAACCGGUUUUGUUCAAGUGGCGAACCGAAUUUGUGUCCUCCUGUCCAGGGCUCGUAUGGGAUUUUACUGCGUAGGCAAUAUGACCUUACUGAGCGAGGCGUCCAACUUAUGGAGAGACAUCGUUGACGACCUCAAAUAUCGUGGUCUGGUCGGAUGCGAACUGAAGUUACGGUGCAGGAGACACUCGAACAGCACGGCAGUAGUAAGAACACCAGAGGACUUUCCUAGCGGUCGUAAUGGUUUCUGUAACCUUCCGUGCCCAGCCUCCCUUCCUUGCGGACAUUCUUGUCCAAAAAACUGUCACAUGGAUACUGAGGACCACAAGCUGUUCACCUGCAGAGAGCGUUGCGGAAAGACAUGUUCCAGAGGUCACUGUUGCAACGAACGCUGCCACGGCCACUGUACGCGUUGCACGGUGCACAUUAAGGUGGAGUUUCCCGCUUGCCACCAUACUUCGAAAGUCCCGUGCUACAUGGCAGACGAGGCGACUUGCACGAAAAAGUGCGGGCGACGCUUGAAGUCAUGCGGUCAUCCAUGUGGCAAAAAAUGCGGCGAGCUCUGCGGUGGAGCGUGCAUGGUAUCAAAUGUUGAGAACUCUGUCAAGCCCGCUGCGAGAGACUGCUACAAUGCGGACAUAAGUGUGCAGGGCGUUGUGCUAUCCUACACUGCGGUCAUCCUUGCUCGAAUGCCUGUAGUGAACCUUGCGCAAAACCUUGUCCCCGGUCUCUUGCCUGCGGUCAUCCGUGUCCGGUCGCCUGCUACAAAACGCCGUGCCCAUACCCGUGCCAGCUAUCGUGCCCAAUGUCCUGCCCUCACGGCCCGUGCCCGGCUGUAUGUGGCUAUCCAUGUCCACCUUGCGGAGAACCCUGCACGUGGUCGUGUCCGCACUAUCGUUGUGGUGCCUUGUGUUGCGAACCUUGUACGCGGCCUCCCUGCAACCAUCGCUGCGCGAGACUGCUGCCCUGUGGCCAUGCUUGUCUCGGAGCCUGCGGCGAGCCCUGUCCGACGCUAUGCAGUGUUUGCAAGCCGAAAGAGUACGAGGAAGCAGCGGGAACGUCCCUAA